UUAAUUAAUUUAUGCAGUUUUUACAUUAGUUAUUUCAAUAAAAAAUUGAAAUAUAUAUAUUUCUUAAUAUAUGAUUUGAUUACAAACUAUUUUUAACUUUGUACGACAUAAUUGAAGAGUGAAUGUGUCAAACGUUCUAUGUGCCAAAAAAGUGAAAAAUUGUUUUAUUUCUGAUUUAUGUUCUAUGUGCCAAAGGUCACAAUCUUGUAUGUGUUUCAAGUGUCAAUUAAAUUUUUUACUUGUACAAAAUUGCGUUCAUAGAUUGUAUUUGUUCUGUGAGACAUGCCCAUUGUUACCUGUACGUUCUAAGUGCCUUGGACGAAUAUAAUAGUUUGAUGAUAACAAUAUUAUGAUAUAGUUCGUUAUAUUUCAAAAUAACUAAUACUGGUGUUAUUGUAUUCGUUAAGUUUUCUUUUUCAUUUGUUUAAUUGUGUUAUUAUGAAUACUGAAAAUAUACAUAUUUUACAAAAUGGUAAAAAAAGAAGAAAUGAUCAGACUAAAAAAAGAAUUAGUAGAAAAUCGUAUGUGAACAGGAAAAGCAAUAAUACAAUUCAGGAAAUCCCGACAUCGUUAUUAGAGCCGACAUGUAAAUGCAAAUAUGACUGCAAAAAUAUUUCAUGGGAUUGGAAAUUGAAAUUGUUUAAUGACUACCACCGUUUAGCAAAUGAUAGUGAACAGGGUACCUACAUAUUAGGACUAAUUCAGGUUACCGAAAUAAACAGACGUCGUCAUGGUCAAUACUCGCAUCCAUCACACAGUCACAAACAGUGCACAAUAAAAUAUUCAAUUCCAAAUGAUGAAGGAGGAGUUAGUCAAGUAUGCAAAACCACAUUUCAAAAUAUUCUCGGUGUAAAACAUAGAUUUCUGCAAACUUUACAAUCAAAAAAAAAACAAGGUUUAUCAGUUUAUAAAGAUGCUCGGUCAGAUAAUCCUAAACGAAAAAGUUUUAAUAAUGAAAAUAUACAACAAAUCAUUGAUCAUUAUAACAGUUUUCCUAAAAAUGCUAGUCACUAUGGUCGUUCUAAAUCUAAAAAAGAGUACUUAAAUCCAGAUUUAAAUUACAGCAGAUUAUUUUUCGCAUUUAAAAAUCAAUAUCCAGAUUCCAAAGUCAGUUAUGCAUAUUAUAAAAAAGUCUUUAAGAAACAAUUUUCUCAACUAUCAUUUCAACGGCCACGUCUACAAAAUAAAAUAAUAGAAAUUUACAAGGCUACUAAUAUAGUAUAAAUAUAGCAUAACAUAUAUUUUUAUACAAAAUUAUAAGAAAAUUUUUAAUUUGUAAUGUUUUUUGUGUUUUCUGAACAAAUAUUUUUUUGGCACAUAAAACGUUUGACACAUUCACUCUUCAAUUAAUCCUUAGUGCCUAUGUAUUAAAGGACGACACGUACCAGACUGAUUAAUGUAGGCCACUUUGUGUGAUUUUCAUUAGACAUAUGAUAUGUAUUAAUAAGUGGAAUAGGAUUAUUUAUGUAAAAAAAAAAAAUAUAUAUAUGUUU